CCCUGAUUAGUAAUUAGAGCUCGUUACAAAGAAAUGGCUCAAAAGUGUAUCCUCUCCACGGCCAUCUCUUUAUUUCUUUUCUCUACUCUUUCUCAUUGUCAAACUCUAAUUCACUCAGACGCUGUUUGUGACACCACACCUCACCCAUCCGUCUGUAAAUCCGUUUUACCCGUCGGAUCACCCCAUUCGCUUACCGAGUUUGCCAGCAUUGCCAUUCUAAAGUCUCUAGAAACUUCUAAAGACCUUCUUGCCUCCUUCGACCAACAUCAUCCCACCUCAGGUCCCCUUCAAGAUUGCCAACUACUCGCUGGCCUGACCGUUGACCAGCUCACACGUGUGAAUGCCAUCAAGAAGGUCGUUCUCCGAAACUCCGAGAUCAACGAUUUGCUCACGCUUCUUAGCGCUGCUCUUACAAACUACGACACAUGCCUAGACUCGGUUCAUGAGGUCGCCAGAGAAUCAUCAGAGAGUGUAGUUAACGGCCACGACGACAUCAUCCUGGCGGUUUCUGAGGGUAUACAGCUUAUUAGCGUCUCUCUUGCAUUGUCCAAGGAGGCUUGGCCGAUAUCAUCUGAUGCUCCGACGACAAAGCCACUGCCUAGGAUUCUGACGGAGGGGAAAAAUUCGUCGCCACCGGAAGUUUCGUAUAUGAAAGCGACGGAACGUGAGAGAAUGAUCUACGAGAGAGUGAUGUUUGUUGGACGAAAGCUUCUUCAGUCUUCUCCCGGAGGCAAUGGUGGCCUGAAGGUAGCAAAGACGGUCGUCGUUAACCCAAACGGCGUCAACGGUGAUACCUUUAAAACCAUAAAUGACGCCGUCGCUGCUGCGCCAACGAAAGCAGAAUCCGGCAACGGAUACUUCGUGAUUUACGUUGUCGCCGGGGUUUACGAAGAGUACGUCACAGUCCCUAGCAACAAAUCAUACGUGAUGAUCGUUGGUGACGGCAUUGACAAAACAAUCAUCACCGGAAAUAGAAACGUCGUCGACGGUUCCACCACUUUUGCUUCUGCUACACUAGCUGUUAUCGGAGAAGGCUUCAUCGCGGCAAACAUAACCGUGAGAAACACGGCUGGCCCUAACAAACACCAAGCUGUUGCUGUCCGCAACAGUGCAGACAUGUCAGCAUUUUACAAAUGUAGCUUCGAAGGUUAUCAAGACACGCUUUACGUUCAUUCACUUAGACAGUUUUACAGAGAAUGCGACAUAUAUGGAACGGUAGAUUUCAUAUUUGGAAACGCAGCUACGGUUCUCCAGAACUGCAACAUCAUUCCAAGGUUACCAGUUCAAGGACAGUUCAAUGCCAUAACGGCUCAAGGCAGGAGCGAUCCAAACCAGAACACCGGGAUUUCGAUACAAAAUUGUAGAAUUACACCUAGUGCUGAAUUGGUUACAAGUAACUUCUCGGUUAAGACGUACUUAGGCCGGCCAUGGAAAGAGUACUCAAGGACAGUUUAUUUGCAAAAUUUCAUGGAUGGGUUUAUCGAUGGUAAAGGAUGGAAUGAAUGGAUGGGUGAUUUCGCUUUGAGUACAUUGUAUUAUGCGGAGUUCAAAAAUACCGGACCAGGUUCAGAAACAGCUAACCGGGUUAACUGGCCCGGUUAUCAUGUGAUCACUGAAACCGAAGCUGUUUGGUUCACCGUGUCGAAAUUUAUAGUCGGAGAUAGCUGGCUGCCGAACAUGGGAGUUCCAUAUGCCGGUGGCUUGAUGUGAUCUCCAUAAACAUAUAAUAAAUAACUUAUAUGAAACUUUGUGUAUGUUUAUGAAUUAUCUAUAUGAAUGUAUUCAUGAUCAAAAUUAGAAAGAUAAAUCUAAUAUUUAAAUGGUACUUAUUGCAUAAAAUAAAGGGUGUACAAUUCUUUCAGAUUGACUACGUUAAGUCAUACUACUUGUCAA